AAAUCACGCAAUUCACAGAACUACACGCCAUUUUCAACGAUAUUUCUAGUAGUCUACUGUUAAUUAGUAAAUGAGCAACCAACUAGAUGAGAGUCCUUGAGGUGGAUACACCCCCGACGUACAAGAUGGGGAAGAACAAGAAGCAUAAGAAACAGCGCAAGGGGAAGGAUGCUUCAGACACCAGUGAAGAUGGAGCCACAGGCUCCAGUGGGUGUACACACCUUCCAAAGGCAGUUGUACCAUCUGUGAUCAAAAAAGCUUGUCUCAAGACCAGUAUUGGUGAAUGCAGUUCCUGUGCUAAUGAUGUGUCGGGGAAGCCGUCUUCACGAGAAGGGACUCUGGUAGAGGGAGCCACAGCGGCUGAUGUUGAAGAGUCUGAGGUUACUGUGUGGAUGUGCUUACAAUGUGGCCAUCAGGGAUGUGACAGAAACUCGAAGGAGAUGCAUGCACUGAAGCACUAUGAGACGCCUCACUCCACACUCCAUUGUAUAGCACUCAACAUCUCACUGUGGACUGCCUGGUGUUACCAAUGUGAUUCUGACAUUCCUAUUGAAACCAGUAAAAGAAUUCAAGAAUGUGUUGACGUCUUAAGGAAGAAUAUUGGAUUGCCAAAGAUUGAUCUUACACCCUCAGGUAGAAGUAGAAGAGUUGAAUCAGCCACAACCAAUGAACCCCAAACUGUUGUUAAGGAUAAAGCACGACCUUUGACCCCACGACCUACAGGAACCCCCACCUCUUGCCAAAAAGUCAAGGGUUUGAGUAACUUGGGAAAUACUUGUUUCUUCAAUGCUGUGAUGCAGAAUCUGUCUCAGACUCACAGCCUGGAGUCUCUACUUGUCGACCACUGUAAGAAGGGGAUGAUGCUAACACUGCCUGGUCACCCCCAGCCGCCAGACUCAGACUCCAGCACCUCCAGUGAUGAUGAUAAUGAUGAAGAAGCUCACAAAUAUUUGCCUUCAAUUGACAUUGUUCCUCAGGAACAUGGCCCAUUAAUGCAAACGUUGUUGUCGUUUCUACAAGAGAUGACAAAUUCAAGCGCUAGAGGCAGCACUGUGAACCCUAGUAGUCUUUUUGGACAGGUCUGCAAGAAAGCUCCGCGGUUCAAAGGUUAUCAGCAGCAAGACAGCCAUGAACUUUUGCGCUAUCUGCUCGAUGCCAUUCGGAUGGAGGAAAUAAAGAGGAGGCAGGCAGGAAUUUUGAAGUAUUUUAAGAUUGCCGAAAUUGCAAAUCACAAAAAGCUUGAUGAAGAAAUAAAAUUAAAAGUGAAAGAUUAUGGCCGUCAGGCACGACACACAUUUCUUGACAGUCUGUUUGGAGGACAGUUAAUUAGCACAAUCAUGUGUGAAGAAUGCAAACAGAUAUCACAGAUAUUUGAGCCAUUCCUAGAUCUUUCUUUGCCAGUCACAGAAGAGAAGCCGGAGAGACCAAACAAAGUGCUGGGUGGUAAGAGGAAAGAAUCUGCGGAUACGGAGGAGCAUGUCCUGAAAGGGGUUGAUGGUUUCGCCGCCAGGCCAGAUAAACCCAGCAAGUAUGCGGAAAAGAAAAACAAGAAGUUAGCUCGCAAGUCAAAACGGAAAUGUUCAGUGUCAUACCAGAAGUCUGCUAAGUCACUUGCCAAGUUGUCAAACGAAAUAGAUGGAGACGGAAUUUCUUCCCAGAAGAAAGAUGCAAAAGAUAAAGAAAAUGAAGAUCAACAGUACACUGACAAUGAAGACCCAUCAGAUGCUGAUGUUGAAGACAAUUUGGAGAGCGACACUUCUCGAUUGCAGCAAGGAGUUACCGACAGUGAUGUCGCCUUUGCUGAAAAUGGUAAAAAUACCCCAUUGUUAAAUAGUAUUGAGACAUCUACGACCAUUACGCCAUCGGAAAGUUCAGAACAAGUGUGUAAUUCCUCAAUUGAAACAUUCCAUACAGUGAACAGAGACAGCUUAAACCAGCAGCAAGAGAGAGUAAGUAAUGAACCAGGUAUUGAAGCCCAUGCUGAAUCAUACGUAGACACGAACGGCUGUGUAGACGAUUUGACUUUAGCUACCAGAGAGCUAAAACUUACUGAGAGUGAUAGAAUAGGCGAAGACUCUAAACCAAAGGAAAAUGGUUGUGUGAAUUCUGCUGAUUGUGAUAUCAUAGAAAUGACCAACCUGUCGACAGAACAGUGUGUAAAGUUGAUGAACAGUGAACACCAGAAUUCGUGUCGGCUACACGAUGCUACAGAUCCUGGUGUCGACGCUUCACUCAAGAGGCAGCAAUUGAACAGUAGUGCAGCAUCGGUGGAUGUGGGCAGCGAGUCUUCUAAUCUGCGUUGUGUGAACUCCUCCGAGAUUGCGCGGAACGACAACUGCUGUGAUAUGAAGCACUCUGUUAAGUCGGACAAUGAUCACGUGAUAGACGGUCUGGUCUCACAGGCUGAAGCCCCAGGGUGCAACAUGUCAUCGGGCAGACAGCCGAGCAAGCAGCAGAAAUCGAGGAGGGAGCUGAAGCAGCAGGGGCAGUACAAGUCGCUGAGCACCCUGUGUCCCCGCUACCACCCCUCCUCCAAGGAGUGUUCCAUCAUGUCGUGUCUGCACCAGUUCACCGCGCCUGAGCUGUUGACCGGCUCCAACAAGUUUGGAUGCAAAACGUGUACCAGGCUGCAGAAAAACAAACACUCUGCUAAUAAAGAUAAGAAGACCGAAAUGGUGUACUCCAAUGCAAGCAAACAGUUUCUAGUGUUUUUACCACCUGCAGUGCUAACUCUUCAUUUGAAGAGAUUCGAACAGGUUGGAUACAACUCGAGGAAGGUUAAUCGUCAUGUCGACUUCCCAUUUCUUCUUGAUCUCGGCCCUUACUGCAGCUCAUUAUGUCAGGGAGUAAGACCCGGUCAGAAAAAGGUGACGUAUUCAUUGUAUGGUGUGGUAGAGCACAGUGGACGUCUGUCAGGCGGACACUACACGGCGUACGUUAAGAUCCGGCCUUCGCUGAGCACCGUGACCGACUUCCUGAACACUCAGCUGCCGAGACCGAUGGACUACAUCCACCACUACACGGAACAAGUCCUUAACGAUGCAAACGUGCCCGACGAUGAUGUCUCGGACGAUUUUCUCGAAAGCAUAGUGCCUCCGGGGAAGUGGUAUCACAUCAGUGAUUCCAAUGUCAGAGAGGUGAAUGAGUCCACAGUGCAGAGAGCUCAAGCGUAUUUGCUGUUUUACGAAAGAAUAUACUGAACUUGUGCAUUAAAUAGCAUUGAAUAUUGCUCUCAUCAUAACUCUUUCAGUCGAGUCAUCAUAUAUUGAAAUCUAUUUACAUGUCAUCGAUAAAGGUACCUCAGCAUGUGUUUUUUCCCCCGAAUCAUUCAGUGAUGUACUGAAGAGAUGUAUUCAAUAUAUAUUAAAAUCUAUUCAUUGAAA